AUAUGUUUUACACGUGCUUCAAAAUUAUCUAAAUACAUAGCUCAUGCAUUUUUUUUUUUGCUGGAUGGUACUGAAGUCGAUAAGUGCAAAUAACUAGUUUAUUUUCAAUAAUUUUUCAAAAAUUGCGAAUUAUAACAAUUCUAUCCAUAAAACAAUAAAAUAUUAAAUUUCAUACCCGCCAUGAAACUGCAAAAGAUCAAAAGCAAAAAGUUAAAUGGCGAAAGCAAAAUAAAUAAGUCCUGGAAGAAAGUCAAAAUCAAAGGAAAUGUCUUUUCGGAGGAAGGAUGCGGUCUUGAAGGACUAAUUGGACUAGAAGUUAUGGAGGACUAUGACACUGGGCUAAUUGCUAAGGCCAAAAAGAAAUCAUCUCCGUGGAAAGAACAAAGCAAGCAAAAAAAAGGUAAGCGAAAGAGUAUAUCCGAUAACAGUAAUGAACAAAAAGAAUUGAUUCCAAAAAAGAAACGAAAAAUUGCUAAUAGAGCGGGAUCUAAAACAAUUCCGGGCCAGUUCGUACUUUUAAAUAAAGUCGAAAAUGAAAAUGAUAAAACGGAUUAUCCUACGUCGAUGUCAAUAGAUGACCUUCAACAUUGGAAUGGUUUUGGUAUUCCUGAAACAAUUUUAAAAGCUUUAGCUGAAAAGGGAUUUAAAUCACCAACAGAAAUUCAAUCUUUAACUCUUCCAGCUGCUAUAAUGGGUAAAAAGGAUAUUUUAGGAGCUGCAGAAACAGGAAGUGGGAAAACUUUAGCAUUUGGAAUUCCAAUUUUAGUUGGUAUUCUUGAGCUUAAAAGUCGCAACUCUGCUUUUGGAAUACGAAAGCAACAAAAGAUUUCAAAUACAAAUAUUAAAGAAGAAGAAUUAGAUAAUCAAACCCCUCCACCUGAAGAGACCAAUUCUGUCGAGUUUGCUGAUUUCUCUGAGGAAAGUGAAGUUGAAGAAAAUGAAAAUGAUAAAGAAGAUAAUAAAAACAAACCUUUAUAUGCUGUUAUUUUAACACCCACAAGAGAAUUAGCAGUUCAAGUUAAAGAUCAUAUUACGGCAGUAGCUAAAUAUACAGGAAUUAAAGUUGCUGCUAUAUUUGGUGGUUUAGCCCAGGUUAAACAGGAAAGAAUAUUAAAAUCUUGUCCAGAAAUUAUUGUUGGGACUCCUGGUAGAAUGUGGGAGCUUCUAUCGCUUGGUAAUCCUCACUUAAAUAAAAUUGAUAACAUAAGCUUUUUAGUGAUUGAUGAAACAGAUAGAAUGAUUGAAAAGGGGCAUUUUGAGGAACUAAGAAUGCUAUUGAAGCGCUUGAAUUCCGAUGAAAAUAAAAAAAAUAUUCGUCAAAAUUUUGUUUUUUCUGCAACUUUAACUCUUGUGCAUGAUAUUCCAGAUCACUUACGUAAAAAAAAUCAAAAUAGAAAAUUAAAACUGGUAAAGGAUACUCCAGGUCUUAAAAUACAAAAACUUGUUGAAGAACUUGGCAUAUCGCAACCAAAAAUUGUAGAUAUAACCAGAAGUGAACAAACUGCUCAAAAUCUAACUGAAAGUCGAAUUCUAUGUCCAAUUGAUGAAAAGGAUUAUUAUUUAUAUUACUUCCUGCAAAGGCAUCCAGGGAGAACUAUUGUUUUUUGUAAUUCUAUAGACUGUGUAAAAAGAUUGGCCAAAUUAUUUACAAUAUUGAAUUGCUGCGCUCUGCCCUUACAUGCUAAUAUGAUUCAAAAACAAAGAUUAAAGAAUCUGGAAAAAUUUCAAAUAAAUGCGAAUGGGCUCCUUAUAGCUACUGAUGUUGCUGCUAGAGGUUUAGAUAUUCCUGACAUUCAACACGUCAUUCAUUACCAAGUACCAAGAACCAGUGAAAAUUAUGUGCAUAGAUCAGGUAGAACAGCACGUGCAAAUAAAUUGGGAAUAACAAUUAUUAUUAUGGAACCAAGUGAAGUUAAAAAUUAUUUAAAACUCUGCAAGACAUUAGAUAGAAAUGAAGAUUUGCCCUUGUUUCCAGUAUCGGAAAGCCAUAUGAAAGGAGUAAGAGAGCGUGUUAACCUGGCUCGUGAAGUUGAUAAAUUGGAGUUGAAAAAUAAAAUAAUUUCAAGUGAAGAAGGUUGGUUAAAAAAAACUGCAGAAGAAAUGGAUAUAAUAAUUGACAGUGAUGUUGAAGAAUCAGAUUCUGAUAAUGAAAUUGCAAUGCAGAAAUCGAAAGAAAAACAACUAUUAGCAAACAAAAGACGAGCUUUGAUUUCUUUGCUAAGCAAACCUCUAUUUCCUAAAGGAUUCAGUUUCAAAUAUCCGAAUCUAUCGAAUUUUUCUAAUUUGAACAUAUUGAAUGAAACUUCUUUCAAUUCAGACAAAAAUAGUGCUAUUAAAGCUGUACAGGAUUCAAUAAAAGAUUUAAAGGAAUCUAAACGAAAGAAAAAGAAAAAAGUGUGUGAAAAUUUUUAA